CGUGCUGGGAGUGAGGCCUCCCGUGCCCCAGAGUGUGGCGUGAGGCGAGCCCCGCCCCGGGUAGUGCGCGCGCAGGGGGGGAGGAGGGGCAGCGAGGUGUGGGCCGCGUUCCGUGCUGGCUCCGCUCGGCUCUGCGCAGGCGCAGUGCUGCCGCGAUGGCCGUGUCGAGCCUGACUCGGGCCUUAGGGGCCCUGCGGCUGCCCUCCGCCCCGAGCCUCCCGCAGAUAGCCCAACAUCCCAGGCUGGUCUGCCUUGGGGGGAACCUCCUCCCUGCGUGCCAUGGGUUCAGCACCUCGUCCAGCCUCUCCACCAACAACCCCAUGUGGAAAUGCAGGAUCAAAUACACCACCAGGCCCAUUGGCAUGAAAAAGACCGGUGGCCGUGAUCACACAGGUCGUAUCGCUGUGCAUGGGAUCGGCGGGGGGCACAAGCAGCGCUACCGCAUGAUUGACUUCCAGCGGCUGCGCUAUGUAUCUGGGGCUGAGUCAGGCCCCUAUGAGGAGAAGGUGAUCCAGGUCCGGUACGACCCCUGCAGGUCGGCUGAUAUUGCCCUGGUGGCUGGCGGCAAGCAGAAGCGCUGGAUCAUUGCAACAGAAAACAUGCAGCCUGGCGACCUCCUCAAAACCUCGGGGCACAUAGGCAGGAUGGCAGUCUCUGCCAGUGAGGGGGAUGCGUACCCAUUGGGAGCUCUGCCUGUGGGGACCCUGAUCAAUAACCUGGAAAGCCACCCUGGGAAAGGAGCGCAGUACAUCCGAGCAGCAGGGACCUGUGGGGUGUUACUGAGGAAGGUGAAUGGAACGGCCAUCGUGCAGCUGCCGUCUAAAAGACACAUACAGGUGCUGGAGACCUGCAUGGCCACUGUGGGGCGAGUUUCCAACAUUGAUCACAACAAGCGGAUCAUUGGGAAAGCUGGCCGGAACCGCUGGCUGGGGAAGCGCCCGCGCAGUGGCUUAUGGCACCGCAAGGGCGGCUGGGCAGGACGCAAGAUCAAACCACUCCCACCCAUGAAGAGCUAUGUCAACCUGCCGACAGCAGCAGCUCGGGCUUGACACCUGGCGCCCGUCCCUCAAUGGCUGUCAAUAAAAUCAACCCCUCAGCUCUCA